AUGAAGUACCAUUAUAUAUACAAUUGCAUUAGAUCCAAUAAUAUGUCUAUACAAGAUCCCACAAUUUAUGAUAAAUUAGUUGUCAAGUUAGACCUGGAUGAUUCUGAAAUUAUGAGAAACAAAUUAAUUGCAUUCUUAAACAACUUGAAGACUUGUUGGAAUGAUGUUAGCCGCAAAGCUGCAGCUUUUGAGAAAAAGUAUGCAAAUUGGUUGGAUACUGACUUUAUAUCUUCUGCAUAUGUUCCACCUGCUACUCCAACAAUUGUUACCACUCCUCUUGGAAGGCCUACUUUGAAUUUUGAUGAGUCCGCUUUGAGAUCUAAGUGUAGAAAAGUUGCUGAAAUGGAUCAAUACUCUGCUAGCCAACUAUUAUUUGCAACUAAAGUCAAAUUUGGAAAAGAUAAUCAGCCUAAAAAAGCUAAAUUAGUAGAAAAAUUGUUAGUGGAUAUUAUAUCCCCAUCUUAUAUGUUUAGUGAUGAAGCUUUGGCCCUUAUUUUAGAUUGUAAUUCAACAAAAGCAUCUUAUCAACUGAUGAAAAACAAAGCUGAUGAAAAGGAAUGGAAUCUCUACCCAGCAUAUGAUAAUGUUAGAAUGGCAAAAGAUCGAUGCUAUCCUAUAAUUAUACGUGUAACUGAUUAUACUGCUAGUGUUCCACUUCAAGAUCUACUAGAUCACACUACAACAAGACUUUUGGAGACACAGACUGGUGUUGUAAAUGCAAAUGAGUAUAAUAGAGUAACUCUAAUAUACAAAGCUGGUUUUGAUGGCUCAAGUGGGCAUAAACUCUCAUCUAUUGUUAAUGAUAAAAAGAUUAUUCUUUGGAGAAACUCUAAACCAUCAUCUACUUUGUAUUGUUGACCUUUGCGAUUUAAAUUUGUAGAGGAAACUGCAGACCUUCUUCGUAGUGAUGAAUUGACAUUAAAAAGUGAGAUCAAACAGCUAACUAAAACAAGCUAUAUCCUACUUAAUGGUAAGCCUAUUGAUGUUGACCAUAAAAUUGAAGUUACUAUAAUUGAUGGCAAAGCCUAUACUGCAUUAUCUGAUGUAACUGACUCAUCACAGUGUUGCUCUCUUUGUGGUGUUAGUCCUAAAGAAAUGAAUGAUAUUGACAAGGCAUAUAGAAAAUAAUGUGUAUAUAAACUAGUAGAAAAUCACUCAACAAAAUAUUU